AUGCUUCCUCUUCUAACUGUUGUUCAGUGUCGUCAUCGCUUGAUUUUCUGUCCUUCCGCCUGCAAAAUGCUUUCACUCUACUUUGUUCCUCUCAUGCCCAAACUCUUCCCCUUGAUCAAAUGGACUGCCCUAACUCUUCCACUCAAGCAAAAGGUUUCACUCUUCUUCAUUGUUGUCAGUGUCCGAGAAUCGGGACAAUUUUCAAAUUCAGUUGGCAAAUUAUCAUCUGCUUUGCCUAUUGUCGUGUGUUAUGUCUUCUUCAAUAUUCGCCGUGUGUGUUAUGUCCAACUGCAUCCAAUUCAGCCUCAACUAUUUAAUCCACGUACCAAGUGGAGGGGUCAACUUAAACGUCAACAUGGGUCAACAAGUGCGAUCGGUGCGACGUGUGCUGGAGAAGUCGUCGACGCAAGAAUGGCGGACACCAUCGCCACACGACUUUCAAUUCGACACAAAGAUUUCAAAUCUUCGUUCUUCCGCACAAGGACUAAUGGUAGUACUAUCUUUUCUAAGCUCAGAUCUUCCUCCUUAAAAGCUAACGGUGACCACGCAUUGUUCGACAACUCUUAA